AUGAUUCUGUUAUUCAUUUCAUGCUGCAUCACAUCAGCGCUCGCUGGAAGUGGAACCCUUAACGUAGCUCCAACUCGUCGAGUUGAAGACACAAUUCCAGUUAUUGAGAUCAGAGGAGAAGGUAAACCUAUGUCUUCUGCCCAAAUAAGACAUUUAGAAGAAAUGAGUAAUGGUGGAAAGCCUCUAGAUAUCAAGAUUGAAAAAACUUUCAUCCCAGCUAAGUGUCCUGUUCUUUCCCAACGAAAAUAUUUCGUAACUUUCCAUUACAAGGUAUUUUUGGAGAAUGGAAAGAAAAUACAUCAAUCCUAUGGAGGAGAUCCUGUGAGAAUUCAGAUUGGUGUUGGAAUGACAUUGCCUGGGCUGGAUAAAGGAUUAAUGCAAACCUGUGCUCAAGAGCUGCGUAAGGUUUCCAUACCCUACAGAUUAGCACAAAGAAAGAAAUCUAAGAUAUGGAAAAACAUUCCAACGGAUGAGCAUUGGGUUAUCAUUAAUGCAGACAUAUCCGAUGUAGAAGAGUACACUCAUGAUUUACAAUUUGAUUUCAUGAACAUGAAUAACGAUACCUAUCUUACCGAGAAUGAUCUAAUUGAUUGGAGUGAGUGGAUGAAGAAGUAUGGAAAAGUUUGGAAGAAUCCGGAUAUCGAUAACGUAAUUGCUGCGAGAUACUAUGUGAAGUACUUCGAUAUUGAUGGAGACGGCAAAGUAUCGAGAGAUGAGUUCAAAACUAUAAUGGAUAGAGAUGAGAAGAUCAUGGACGCAAUCACUAAAAAUAAAAAAAUUUCUGGACGUCAACGAGAUCCUGGAUUUGCAUGGAUUCUCGACUUCAACAAUGAUGGAAUAAUAACGAUGGAGGAAGACAAUGAAGCUGAUACCAAGCUAACAGAUGAUCCUGUUCUGCUCCCAACUGCUACCUCUAAAGAUGAGCUUUAA